AUGUCCGCCUCCGAGGCCCUGCUGCGCACCGCUGUCAUCGCUGCCAUCCUUGCUGGCGCUGACGUGGCAGUCAAGGCGUCGCUGGUGUUCCACCACGCGCUGCCGCUCUUCCACCCGUCCCUCGCACCCGCCACGCCGGGCGCCGUGUGGCUCUUCUGGGUGGCCCAUGACGGCCUGCAAGCCGCCGUCUACGCCGCCCUGCUCUCCCUGCCCCUCUCCCACUGCCGCGACGCCCUUCCUGCGCGCCCCGCCUUCCACCGCUACCUGCUGCUGCUACUGCUGCUGCACUCUGCCUCUGCUUUGAGCGCUCUCCUCCUCGCCCUCCACGUGCCCGCCGCCCUCUGCAUGCGAGGGCUUGCAGUGUGUCUCUACUGGGCGCUCUUCCCGCCGCUGCUCUACCUCACCUUCCUCGCCGACUUCUUCCAGGACGAGGACACGGAGGUGGAGGAUGCAUACUACUCCGAGAUGAGGGAUGCAGGGAUGUUUGAUGCCGACGGGGACUGGGACUGA